AUGUCAAAGAUUAGAAUUGCUAUUGAUAGAGGUGGUACCUUCACCGAUUGUAUUGCAAAUCCAGGUUCUGGUAAUCCAGACGACGAUGUUGUCAUAAAAUUACUCUCGGUGGACCCUAGGAAUUAUCCAGAUGCGCCUUUAGAAGGUAUUAGGAGAUUGCUAGAGAUAUGCGAGAAGAAAAAGAUUCCUCGUGGCCAAAAGCUGGACAUUUCUGGUGUUGAAUCAAUUCGUAUGGGUACUACUUUAGCUACCAAUUGUGCAUUAGAAAGAACAGGAGAAAGAUGUGCAUUAGUAACUACUAAGGGGUUCAAGGAUGCCCUUGUAAUUGGAAAUCAGACUAGACCUGAUAUUUUUGAUUUGGCUAUCAAGCGUCCAGGUCCUUUAUAUGAAACGGUAGUUGAGAUUGACGAAAGAGUUACAUUAACUGAUGUGGAUUCAGAUGACAUUAUUUCACGCAAAGAUAAAGACUUAAGAGUAGGCAAGUCUGGUGAGACAGUACAUAUCUUGAAAAAGAUAAACGAAGAUGAAGUAAGGGCUACUCUCAAGAUACUCUAUGCUACAGGUAUCAGGUCACUUGCCGUUUCUUUCCUACACUCCUUUACUUAUCAAGAACAUGAGCAAGUAGUUGGUAGAAUUGCAAAGGAAAUCGGGUUCGAACAUAUUUCUCUUUCCUCUGAGAUCUCGCCCAUGAUUAAAUUCAUUCCUAGAGCCAAUUCUGCUGUAGCAGACUCAUAUUUGACUCCUGUCAUUAAGUCAUAUCUAAAUGGUAUCGAAUCCGGUCUAUCCGAAGCUCAAGACACCAGAAUUCAAUUCAUGCAGUCAGACGGUGGACUUGUCGACUCGCAUAAGUUUUCUGGAUUAAGGGCUAUUCUAUCUGGUCCCGCGGGUGGUGUGGUCGGCUAUUCCGCCACUUGCUAUGAUCCAGAAACUAAUAUUCCAUUGAUUGGUUUUGAUAUGGGUGGUACUUCUACAGAUGUGAGUCGUUUUGGAGAUGGUAAACUUGAACACAUUUUCGAGACUCUCACCGCAGGUAUUGUUAUUCAAACUCCUCAAUUAGAUAUCAAUACUGUGGCAGCUGGUGGUUCAUCUAGGUUGUUUUGGAAAAAUGGUCUUUUCAAAGUGGGACCUGAAUCUGCUGCUGCACAUCCUGGACCAGCUUGUUACCGUAAAGGCGGUCCUUUGACUAUCACUGAUGCCAAUCUUUUCUUAGGUAGAUUGGUUCCUGAAUUGUUCCCAAGCAUUUUUGGACCUAACGAGGAUGAGCCAUUGGAUAUUGAAGCGACGACUCGCGCUUUCGAAGAAAUGACUGACCACAUCAAUAAAGAUAUGGGCUCAUCUCUAGCCGUUGAUGAAGUCGCGUAUGGCUUUCUGAAGGUUGCUAAUGAGUCAAUGGCUAGACCCAUCAGAACUUUGACAGAGGCAAAAGGGCAUGUUAUAUCAAACCACAGGUUGGUUUCCUUUGGAGGAGCUGGCGGUCAACAUGCUGUCUCGAUUGCUGAAACAUUAGGAAUAGAUACAGUGUUGAUUCACAGAUAUUCUUCUAUUCUCUCAGCCUAUGGUAUGUUUCUCGCAGAUGUAGUGGAAGAAGCAAGGGAACCGUGUUCCUACAUUUUGGAUGAAUCUAGUUCUAACUCUAUGAGCUUGAUUUACGAUAAAAUAGAUAAACUCAUGCAAGAAUGUACCCAAAUAUUGCUACGUCAAGGUUUUAGCGAAGAAUCUAUCAAGAUUGAAAGGUUCCUAAAUCUUAGAUACGAGGGUACAGAAACAUCAUUGAUGGUCUCACAAGAUAAAGAUGACAAUAGAGGAUUCGCGCAGAAAUUCCAUGAGCUACACCAAGCUGAAUUUGGAUUCCGCUUCGAAGACAAGAAUAUCAUUGUUGAUGAUGUCAGAGUUAGGGCUACAGGUUUAUCCAAUGUAAGACAAGAGGAGAGUAUCGACGCUCAAUUGUCAAAAAUAUCAUCGACUUUAGAAUCUGAAAUUACCUUACCAGAACCUCUUUUCACGAAACCGGUCAUGUUUGAAAAUGGGUGGAUUGAAACUCCCGUUUACAGUCUAGAUCAUUUGAAAAUUGGUAGUGUUGUAAAAGGACCCGCUAUCAUUGCAGAUGGUACACAAACCAACCUUUUAACACCAAAUUCUGUGGGUACAAUUUUGAAGUCACAUAUAUUCAUCAGAAUUCAAGAGAAUAAGCCUGCAUCUUCUACUACAUUUAAUGGGGUAAAUUCUCAUGAUGUUGUAGAUCCCGUUCUUCUAUCUAUCUUUGGUCAUAGAUUUAUGGAUAUUGCGGAACAGAUGGGGAAUCAGUUGAGGAAAACUUCUGUUUCUACUAACGUUAAGGAAAGGUUGGAUUUUUCCUGUGCAUUAUUCGACAAAGAUGGAAACUUAGUCGCCAAUGCGCCCCAUGUUCCAGUUCAUUUGGGUUCCAUGUCCACAUGUAUCAAGAAACAAGCUCAAUUGUGGAAGAAUAAAUUGAAUCCAGGUGAUUCCAUUGUGACUAAUCACCCUGAUGUAGGAGGAACGCAUUUACCAGAUAUUACGGUUAUUACCCCAUCAUUUGAUAAGACCUCGGGAGAGCUCAUUUUCUAUGUUGCUUCAAGAGCACAUCAUGCAGAUAUUGGAGGUAUCCUCCCUGGUUCUAUGCCCCCAAAUUCAAAAGAAUUGUUCGAAGAAGGCGCUGCCAUAUAUAGUGAAAAGCUAGUAGAGAAUGGUAAAUUCGACGAAAAGAAAGUGGUUAAAUUAUUUUUUGAGGAUCCGGCACAGUACCCAGGUUGUUCGGGUUCUCGAAAACUAGCGGACAAUAUCUCGGACUUGAAGGCACAGAUCGCUGCUAAUACUAAAGGAAUUAUGCUAGUCAGCGAACUCGUAAAAGAGUUCGGAUUCAAUGAAAUUGAAAAGUAUAUGCAUGCAAUUCAGAAAAAUGCCAGCGAUACAGUAAAGAAAACUUUAAAAAUCGUUGCACAUCAAUUGAUGCAGUCACAGGAGAACUUGUCAAGGGACUCUAAUAACGAUGUUGCAAUCUUCGAGUCCAGUGAUUUCAUGGAUGAUGGUACUAAGAUCUGUCUCAAUAUUACGCUUGACCCAGCAAAUGAGAAGUUCACUUUCGAUUUCACCGGGACAACACCACAGGUAUAUGGAAAUCUAAAUGCACCAGAAGCCAUUACUUUCUCGGCAACUUUAUACGUGUUGCGCUGUCUGGUGAACGAGGAAAUCCCCCUCAACCAAGGAUGUCUAGAUCCAGUUGAUAUUAUCAUUCCAGUUGGAAGCGUACUCUCUCCAAGACAAGGUGCAGCAGUCGUUGGUGGUAACGUGAUGACAUCCCAAAGAGUUACAGACGUAAUUCUUAAAGCGUUAGGGGUUCAGGCAGACAGUCAGGGAGAUUGUAAUAAUUUGACUUUUGGGAACGACAAUUUUGGUUAUUAUGAGACUAUAUGUGGUGGGCAUGGUGCAGGAUGCUUCUACUGGAGGAAACUCCCGGGCCAGGAUGAGUCACAAGUUGCAUGGAACGGGACUAGUGCUGUUCACACCAACAUGACCAAUACCAGAAUGACAGACGUGGAGAUCUUCGAAAGACACUACCCUGUGAUCCUAAGACAAUUUUCAAUUCGUUCCGGAUCUGGAGGGAUAGGAAGGUUCACUGGAGGCAAUGGUGUAGUACGUGAUAUUGAAUUUACAGAACCAGUCCAGGCCUCGAUUCUUUCUGAACGAAGAGUAAACCCACCGCAUGGCUUAAACGGAGGACACGAUGCAGAUCGUGGUGUAAACCUAUGGGUACAGAACAAGACGCAGUCAGUUGUGAAUUUAGGUGGUAGAAACACCAUCAAUGCUCAACCAGGGGACAGAAUAAUUAUUAUGACGCCAGGCGGAGGAGGUUACGGUGUCCCAGACGCAUAA